UACAAGUACUGGAUCACCUUUAUCGACGCUCAUACUCGCUUUUUCGUCGUCUCCUUUCUCAGGAAGAAGAGUGACGCGUUCGAGGCCUUCAAAGCGUACAAGGCCUAUGCUGAGAACGCGCUAGGGGCAAUGAUCAAGUGCACCUUGGAUGACAAGGGUGGGGAGUACGUGAGUAAGGAGUGGGAUGCGUACUGUGUUCAGGAGGGGAUAGUGCGGAAGCACACCGAGACGGACGAGCCCUACCAGAAUGGGAUCUCUGAGCGCGCUAACCAGACUAUCCAGGCAGCGGUUACUGCUAUGCUUGUCGAAGCCAAGUUGCCUGCUUCGUUCUGGACUUAUGCUGUUCGCUGUUUUGUCCAUGUCCACAAUCGGCUGCCUACCUCUUCUCUGUCUGGUGCGAUUCCCUACUCUCUCUGGAAGAAGGGCAAGAAGCCGGACCUCUCUUACUUCAGGGUCUUUGGCUCACUUGCUUAUGUCCUGAUUCGCAAGGAUAAGCGCAAGGCUCUCCAGACCCAUACCAGGAAGUGUAUCUUUGUGGGUUAUGCGGACAGAGUUAGAGCUUGGCUGUUCUAUGACCCAGCUACUCGCAAGUUCUUCAACUCCUCUAAUGCUGUCUUUGACGAGCGCUGCUUCCCU